CUCCCCAGGCCGCAGUCGCGCCUGGGCCGCCGCGGGCCCCGCACUCAGGCGCGGAGCUCGGCGCGCGGCGGCGGCGGCCGGCCUCGGACGGGCAUGGCGGACCGGCGGCGCGCGUGGAACACGGAGGACGACCUGCCCGUGUACCUGGCGCGGCCGGGGAGCGCGGCGCAGACCCCGCGGCAGAAGUACGGCGGCAUGUUCGCCGCGGUGGAGGGCGCCUACGAGAACAAGACCAUCGACUUCGACGCGUACAGCGUGGGCCGCCGCGGCUCGGCGCGCACGCCGCGCGGCGCCGGCCGGCCCGACGCCUCGGGCCUGCCCGGGCCCGGCGGCAGCGACGACACGGCCAGCGACGUGAGCGAGCCCUCGGGCUCGGCCGUCAGCUCGCCCGGCGAGCGCGAGGACCGCCCGCCCGCGCUGCACCUCCGCUGCCCGGCGCCCCGCGACCUGCCCCUCGGCCGGGACAAUGGCCAG